UACUCCACUCAGCGUUUUACUCUAAGCCAGUGAUUGAUCGUACACAGAACUUAUAAUUAGAUUAUGUUUAGCCUUGAAAUUGAUUGACGUGUGCCUAAAAAAAAAGAUAUUCGGGAAUCACCUUUCCUAAAAAUAGUCAGUAAGCAUAGCGCGCGUGUGUGUGUGAUAUGGUAGAACGUAUGUAUUGCUGAAGCCUCGUCUUAUUGUUUUAUUUUACGAUAGAAUGCAUUUAAUUAUGAUAUAUCAGUUAUAGAUUUAGUCAUAGAUCUCGCAAAUUUGUAUUCGGAUGAAGUAUGUAGGUCAAAUGGAUUCAUAUUAUACAGGAUGAAACAGCACAUUUUAAUCCAAAAACUCAGAGAUUAAAGGAUGAUUGAUAUAUUAUGACAGUCUGUCGACAGAUUUGCGUGUGUGAGAUAUUUGUACUAAAAGUAUGAAAGUCAACGUUUAAUCCAUAUAAAACCUACAAUGAGAACUUUCCUUCCUUUACAAUCAAAAAUUAUCAACACCUAUAUGAAAGUUGUUCUGAAUACAAGCAUACCAGUCUUUAUAUUUCUGCUGAUACUUAGAGAGGUGAAUGUGCACGUUACAAUUCCUUCUUGUUUGACUGAUGUUAAUAGAGUCCCCACCUGUCCAAGAACAAAAGAGCAAUGGCUUGUAUCGGAAGAGAAGAAAGGCUGCUCUAGAAUUUCCCUUAAGUGUAAUAACAUGGCUCCUCUCAAAUACCACUGUCUUAUAAAUGCAUGGAGAAAUGCGACAUUUGAGUUAUGUGGCCCCGAUACGGAUAUCAUAGGGUUUUCCUGUGCAGAGUACAACGAAGGAGGGGAAAGGAUUCAACCAAAUUUUGAGAAUAAAUGUGACAAUUUCAGCAACUCCUGUCCAUUCAAAUAUAAAUCAUCUUUGGGAUAUUUAUAUCCAGAGUGUUUUGUGCUCCAUCCUGAAAACGAUGAAGGGAAGGAAAAAAAUCCACGAUAUACUGAGAUAAGAUAUUUUCAAGUACAACAAAGGGAGGAUCAAAAGUCAGGCUUUGCCAGUGCUGCACCUUUGUUCAUCCUCUUCCUAUUUACCUUGAUAAUUACAGCCCCUGUCUGCAUGUAUUGUAAAACAAAACGAGAUCUCAGAAUUGUGAAAAAAUCAGAUGAUAGACAGACCACAGAAGUUGUCCACUAAACGUAUUGACGCUUUCUUCAUUAUCCAGAUAUACAAAGGUUUAUGAAGAUACUAGUGCAGAAACUAGAAGAAAAUAUAAACUUGAUUCGUUGCAAAAUAUUUGCUGCUUUUGGCUUCCAUUUAUAUAAUGAACAUUUCUGAUUCUUCUUUUUUUUUCAUUUAUUCUUUAAUUUAUCGGAUUCCAUGCAACAACUAUUAAUCAUAUGGAAACAGUUUAUUCAAUAUGCAAGUACCUGCUCAA